AUGGUCAAAUCCCCCCACAAUAUCUCUGUGGCCACUUCAAGAACAGGUCUAGAACCUGUACGGUCAGUGGUGCAUGUUGAUGAACUUGGAAUUUCAUCGGUGUUAUCCAAUAGAAACGUCACUAUUCAGGUUGAUCAUGUACUUGAUUCCGAUGAAGAACGGAUUCUUGCCUUGGGUUAUAAACCUGAGUUUAAACGUGAAUUUAGUUUAUUCUCGGUGUUCUGUGUGUCCUUCUCAGUGUUAGGGUUACUUCCUUCUAUUGCGUCUACUUUUGAUUAUCAACAAUUGGUGGUGGGUAUUUCUCCCUUACCAUGGUUGGUGGCUAUGAUCUUUGUCACUUCUGUGGCUUAUUCCUUGGCUGAAGUAUGUUCUGCUUUCCCCACAGCAAGUGGUACACCUUAUGCGGUGUCUCAAUUGGCUCCAAAGAAAUACGCUCCCGUAUUAACUUGGAUAACUUGUUUCUCCAAUUGGAUGUGUCAAAUCACUGCUUCCCCUUCAGUUAACUAUGCAGGUGCUGCUAUGAUGUUGGCAUGUUAUAGUUUUAUGACCCCCUCUUAUACUCCAACAAAUGGUCAUUACUAUGCUCUUACUACGGGGAUUCAAGUAUCUCACUUUAUAAUCUCCUCCCUUCCAACCAAGUUUUUGGCCAGAUUCAAUACAGUAGGUACCAUCUGCAAUAUCUUGUUCCUUAUUAUCGUGUGGAUCAUGAUCCUUGGGGGUAAUAAGAGACCAGAAAUAAAUGAGGGAGCCUCUAAGUGGAAUUCCAAUUCAAAAGCUUGGGGGUUAACAAAUUUAACAGAUUUCCCCGUUGGAAUUUCAUUUCUUAUGUCCUUUUUAGGUGUUAUUUGGGCCAUGUCAGGUUAUGAUUCUCCCUUCCAUUUAUCCGAAGAAUGUUCUAAUGCUGCUGUAGCUGCUCCUAAAGCAAUUGUGUUGACUUCUACUUUAGGUGGUGCUAUUGGAUUCCUUUUCAUGUUGGCUAUUGCCUACACUUUAUAUGAUUUGGAUGCCAUUGUUAAUGAUGAUUUGGGUCUUGGGCAACCUUAUGUCUCGUUUUUGGUUCAAGUUGUUGAAAAGAAAGUUGCCUUGGCUGCAACUGCCUUAACCAUUGUAUCAUCAUAUUUCAUGGGUCAAUCUUGUAUGCUUGCAGCUUCUAGAGUUACAUUUGCUUAUUCAAGAGAUGGUUUAUUCCCCUUUUCAAGUAUCUGGAGUAAAGUUAAUAAGAAGACUCAAACUCCAGUCAAUGCUGUGUUCAUCAAUUUCAUCCUUGGUCAAUUACUCUUAUUAUUAAUGUUUGGUGGUGAUGCAAGUAUUGGAGCUAUCUUUAGUGUAGGAGGUAUUGCUGGGUUUGUUUCCUUUACCAUUCCCACAUUUUUAAAGAUCACAGUUGCUAAAGAUAAGUUUAAGCCUGGUCCUUGGAAUUUGGGUAAAUUCUCAACUCCUAUUGGUUGGGUUUCUUGUGCUUUCGUUCUUCUUAUGAUUCCAAUCUUAUGUUUCCCAACUGCUAGAGGUAAAAAUUUGACACCUGAUAUGAUGAAUUGGACAUGUCUUGUUUACUUUGGAGUCUUGUUCAUAUCAUUAAUAUGGUUCGCCGUGGAUGCCCAUAAGUGGUAUAAGGGUCCAAGAGCUAAUAUUGAUGAUUUGAUUGUCUAUGAAGACAGUGAUAUGGGAAGUGAACCAAUUAAUGGCGUGCCACAAGAUACUAAGGAAACCCUUCCGGAAAAGGUUUAA